AUGGCGUCCGACGACGGUUCCAACAGCACGGGCAAGACUCGCUCCAAGGCGGGCUGCCUCACCUGUCGACAGCGCCGCAAGAAGUGCGACGAGACGCACUCGAAGGAGCACGGCGGCGCGUGCCAGCGCUGCAUCUCGGGCGCAUGGCGGUGCGAGUGGCCUGCACCGCCCUCGGCCGCCCCGGUCCGCGUCUUCCAGCGCGGCGCAAAGGUGCGGGCAAAGCAAGAGCGCUUAGCCUCGCUCGCGGUCGACGGCUCGGUACCACCGCCGGGCCCAGUCGCCUCGACCUCGACCUCGGCCUCGGCGCCCAUCCUCGCCGGCCCACCUCAACUCGACCCGCUCAGCUCCAUCCUGCCGCCCUCGACACACGCGCCAGCACCGGCGUCGACCUCCAUCUUGCCCCCGACCCUGUCUUUCCCGCACCUCGCGCCGCCGACGAGCGCGGCCGACGUCGCACGACCCCUCUCGACCCACCUCGCACCGCCGUCAGCCGCCCAUGUCCCGCCAGGCGUCAUGUCGCAUCACCUUGCCAUCUCGCCCUUCUUCCAGUCCGGCGCGAGCGCGACCCUGUCGCUCCCGGCGUUCCUCCCCGCAGACGAGCCCGGCCCCGAGCGCCUCGAGCCGGACGCGUUCUGGCAGUCGGUCGACUCGCAGUUUGGCGUCCAGUUCAGCGCUCCUCCUGUACCCGUGCCCUCAACGUCGUUCCCUCCCGUCUCGUCCGGGCAAGAGGACACGCUCGAUCCUGCGUACGACGCCUUCUUUGUCGCCCACCUGUGUGCGCUCGACAAGCCUCUACGAGAUGCGGUCAUCAGCCAGAUCCGCAGCACCAUCGCCUCGAGCGAGCUGUGCAAGCACGCGGCCCUUGCGACGACUAUGCUUCUGCGCCUUCACGUCCUGCGUGACGCGCCCAAAGAGGCAGGGACGCCCUCGGUGCCGGGCGCCGACGAGUACGAGGUCCAGCGCCUGCGGGCCAAGGCGGACGAGUACUAUCGCCGCGGCCUCGAGCACCUCAGCCACCAGAGCAUUCCGAUCACGGCCAAGAUGCUCGCGCUCUUUGAUCUCUGGCUGCAUCAAUUCAUCACGGUCGGCGCCGAGGCGGCAUCUUUCCUGUUACUGCUCGGUGACGUCUUUGCGCUCGAGCUGGGGCCUCGCCCGUCGAUUCAGCAUUCGCCGAUCAACACGCCCGAGCAGGUCAUCAUCGCCAUCUCGGCAUGGGAGGACUGCAUCCGCUGUGCCACGUCGCCGCGACGGCGGCCCUUCUUCAGCUUCGCCGACCUCCCUGGCGACCCUCUCUCGCCCUCGUCCUCGGCCCUUCGCGACAGCGUCAACGACGUCCGGUCCGACAUUCCCGCCCUCGGCUACAUGCCCGUCGGCCUCCUCCUGUGCAUCGCGGCCAUCGCCAACCUGAGCGUCGACAUGGAGGCGCUCCCCGACGUCGUCGUCAAGGCCAAAGCGUCCGCCAUCGAGCGCGCCGUCCGAGGGUGGCGCCCUCUGCCGCCUGUCGCCGGCCUCGACAGUGCAGCGUUCGUCGAGCAGGUCUCGACAUCCGAGAUGUGGCGGCAUGCGAUCAUCAUCUACCUGUAUCAGGUCGGGCACCGCCAUGGGCCCAUGUCGGCCGUCCUGUGCGCAGCCGUGCAGCAGAUCCUCAAGAUUGGCUCGCCGCUGCUCGCGCGCUUCGAGCCCGGCCGCAUCUCGGACCUCGCCACCUUGUCGCCCUCACCGUCGACCAGCUCUACCUCGUCGCCGACCUCCUUGGUCGACCCCUCGACGUCCGAGGCGUGCAUCGCGAGCGCCGCCAUCGCCCUGUUCGCGCCCAUGGCGCGAGCCGUCCCGUUCUUCCUCGCCGGGACGUGCGCCAUGACGCCCGUCGAGCGGCGCACGUGCAUCGCCGGCCUGCGCGCGUGCGGCGAGGACCGAGGGUACCACGACGACAUGCUCGCGCUCGAGCGCAUCUGGGAGAGGCAGCGCAGCGACGGGUGGCCCAAGCCGUGGCGCGAGGUGCUCGACGAGGAGAAGUUGCACGUCGUCUUUCUGUAGCGGCGAGUGUGUGCGCGCAUGGCAAUGCAGCCGGUCGACCCUUUC